GUCAGCGUGGACUUGGCUUUCGUAGGCUGGCUCUUCGCUUGGAGGCUUUGAGUACUCAGGUGCAGAGGCUGAGCAGAGAGAGAGACGUCACCCAGCUGACCAGAGAGGAUCUCAGUCUGUUACUGCAGAGUUUUAGACAGGACCAGCAAGGCUUAGCCCGCUUGGUAGAGAGGGAGCUGAAGAGAGUGUCUCAGAGGCUUGACCAGCUCAGCCGUCACCAUCACCAUCAAUCACACACACCAUCACCAUACGAUGACCUCAGACUACACACAGGGCCCAAUGAGAAGUGUGAGGUGCCAAUGGAUCCUGCAUAUCCGGUGUGUGCGGAGAAAGUGGAGUUUCUGCGGGCCCAUUGGCAGUCAGACCCCUGUUAUGCUUUUUAUGGGGUGGAUGGUACCACCUGCUCCAUAUUGACUUACCUUAGGCAAAUAGAGGACUUUUGUCCCCCUCAUCUUGGAAGAAACCAUUCUACGCUGCCAUGGCACCAGAAACCUCUCUCUUACACGGAUAAGGCUGAGAUACGUACAACUCUGAGCCCACUGUAUGAGGUAAUCAGCAACAACAGUGGUCCUGCUAUAAACUUCAUCCGGUCAAGAGUGGAAAGGAUGUCUGAACGGUGGAUACAGGCUGGUCUGAGGAUGAGGCAGAGCAGCAACAAGACAAUCUCGACCCAGAUGAGGGUGCUGCUUUAUCCCGGUGCCCUGGCUGGGAACGUUGGCCAGCGUUUUGAAGCCAUGGUGGAGACAGGGGGUCCUCUAGGGGAGCUGGUCCAGUGGGCUGACCUCAGUGCCUGUCUGACAAUCCUAGGCCACAACCUAACCUUCAGCACCUCACAGCACCAACUCCACAGCCUGAUAGGUGCUGCUCCAGGCCGAGGCAGUUGUCCAAUCCAGAGACCCCUGACCUUUGACCUUAUCUACACUGACUACCAUGGCCUUGCUCACCUUCAUGCCGCCAUGGGACUGGCUUUCCUGCAUUACCAGUGUCGCUUCAGAAUCCUGGACUCGUUUGGCACUGAACCAGCCUUUAACUUGGGGCGUUAUGCACGUAUGCAUGGAUAUAAAACACUGUGGGGCAGCUGGGGUCUGCAACCUCUGCAGUACAUGACCAUGUUCCCUCAUACUCCUGAUAACUCCUUCCUCGGAUUUGUGAUUGAGGAGGCAGUGAGGGAGGCGGUGAGGGAGGAAGAGCUGGAGUCGGACACCUACAGGAAAGACAGGAUAGCAGUCAUCUAUGGUAAACAGGACUACAUGUGGCAGGGUAAAUCUGAAUAUGUUGAGGUAAUCAGUGAAGAGCUGGAGACCCAUGCUACAGUGUACCAGCCUCCCGGGCACAAAUCUAAUCUGCCCAGCUUCAUCAGGAACCAUGGCCUGCUGACUCAGGAGCACUUCCUGCGCCUUCUCCGUAGAGCCAAGGUGUUUGUAGGCCUUGGGUUCCCCUAUGAGGGUCCAGCUCCCAUUGAGGCAAUAGCUCUGGGCUGUGUGUUCCUUCAGCCACGAUUUGACCCACCACACUCAUCAGACAACAAUGACUUCUACAAAGGCAAGCCCACUACAAGACAGAUCUCCUCCCAGCACCCGUAUGCUGAAACAUUCAUUGGCAAACCCCACGUGCGGACUGUAGACAUAACCAACAAAACCGAUGUACGGGAGGCAGUCAGAGCAAUUCUACGCACAGAGGUGAAGCCUUUCAAUCCACGAGAGUUUGUGUGUGAGGGAAUGCUGGAGAGGGUUCAUGGUUAUAUCACUCACCAGAAUUUCUGUAGUAAAUCUGUCACUACUUGGCCACCAGAAAGUGCUCUAAGGGUGCACCUAGGUCCCCUCGGCCAGUCAUGUGUGAGUGUGUGUCGACGGACCUCCCACGUGUGUGAGCCUGCUCUCUUUCACCACCUAAACAAUCCCGCUGCAUUCACUCGGCUUGGGAUAAGCUGUUCCAGCAUGGGGCAGGAAGUCAACCACCUGUUUCCUUCCUACAGCCCUUGGGGCCAACACUGCGGCCUUCAGCAGGAGCCUCUGCUGUUCAGUUGUGCCGGCUCUGAUCCUUCUCACCGCAGACUGUGUCCCUGCAGAGCUUAUCUACCUGGGCAGGUGGCACUGUGCCCUGACUGCCUUUAAAAAACACUGGGAAAGAACUCAGAGAGUCGGGGGAAGAGAAGUGGAAAAAGGUAAUAAAAUGUAGGCGGCACCAAAGAGCCAUCUAUAGGUAAAGAACUGAUCUCAACCAAAGAGAGCCAGCAGUCCUGCCAAUGCUACUAAAACCUUUGAGGUCUUGUUUUGUGGUGUGCACAUUGAUAUGAGUGAAAAUCUGCCAUUUUUAGUGCCCCAGUUAUCUGAAGGAAUCAUCUUAUUCAGCAUCCCUGGCAUUUGUUUUUUAGUUAAUUCAUCACGAACAUAUCAGAAAGUGGACAUUGGUCGGGCGACAAUUAAUCAAUUUAUAUGAGAGAAGUUGUGCCAACAAGACAUUGUUUUUUGGACAAGAUUUUGUUUUUUUUUCAUGUCAGUCAUUACUCAGGAACAAAAACUUAAUGAUUGUCAUUUCACAAGUACUUAAACUGUUGAAGGAUGAUGAAUUCAAGGCCUGGUGUCUCAUAGCGCAGAAUAAAAUCCCUCUUGUUUUUGUAGCUUUUCCUUGAUCCCUUAAGCAAAUAGUCUUUAAAUGAAGCUAAGAUGCACUUUAGGGAAAAGGUGUAUUUAAAUGAAUAUAAGUGACUCUAAAGCCAUAUAAUUCUCAGUGUUUAACUUGUCUUCUCCUGCUCCAGAUCAUAGUACAGUGCACUUCAAUAUUAUGCUAAAUAAGUAUCUAAUCAUUCAUUUGCUUACAGUAAUGUAUCACACUGGUCAGCGUUGCAUGGGAUUACUGCUCAUGUAACCCCUCAGUGCAUUGCCGGCUACAAAUAUUAGCCCUGGGCCUCGGAGGAGAACGGGUGACAGCCUAAGUGAUGAGGCUCAUUAUCUGAGUGAAUCAUGGAUAACCUCUGGAUGCCUUUGGGAGGUCACAGCCAUAUAACCAUGAUUAUACUGUCAUAUAAACCAUUGGUUCCCAACCGUCUUUGAGUUAGGAAACCCCCUCAGCUCUGUUUAAAUCCAUGCCCCCCACCAGUAUAGGCAGAACCUCAUUGUUUGUCUUUUAAACACAUAUUUUGCGUCAUUUAGACCGGGAAAAAGUCACUGAAGGCAGGAUUAAUUAUGUUUUCUCGAGUUAUUUUACUAGAAAUUAAACCUUAAAUGAUUUUGAUCAUAACAGAUGACUCAUUUUGUCCAGAGUUCUUGCAUUUGCUCCAAUAUUAUUCCUUGACUGCCUCAUGACCUACAGACACUUAGAGCCCCUCAAGGAUAUUUUGCACCCCAGGUUGAUAGGAACAGCGAUGGAAACUUUACAUACAAUAUAUACAGGGAUUUAGCUACUUAGCUAAGAUAGAUCUUACAACAGAACAUUUCCAUUUCAGAAGCCACAAGUGGUCACACAGACUUAUCCCAUCAUCUUUGCCUGUAAAACAGCUUGUGAAAGAAACAAAUGAUAACAACUAAAGGCCAAACUACAGCCCACAAUCAGUGUUGUAAGUGAUGGGGUGCUGGACUUACAUGGUGCAGCUGUUAGCAAAGAUGUCUCCAACAAUGGCAACAAGCUGCUUUUUUGAAUUGGAUCAAUGUUUUUCUUGGAAAUGACGCACUACCGUGGAUGUUAAUUGGCAGGCAUAGAGACCUUUUCCACCCCGAUACACUCAAUGUGACCAGAACAUAUUGUCACUCAGGGAUCAGACUGCUCAGGGCUGCAACGACAGGACCGGUUGACAAUGUAAUUGACUAGUAAAUGCCUGUGAAAUGAUCCAUGAAAACAACAUUUGUAAUGACUUUGGUGAAUUCUGGUGAAUUCUUUUGACCCUGUCAAAUUUGACUUUCUACUUAAUUAGCUGAACG